AUGUCACCUUUGAUGCAAACCUUGCGAUUUUGUGCCAUCUUUCUGAUUUUAUCACAGCUCUGCCUAGAAACCCAUUCAUUCACUCUUUCUUCAUCUUCUUCCCUAAACAAUGUAAGACCUCUUUCAAAAACCUGUGAAACAAUUAUUUCGCAUGUGUUUGGAGGAGAAUCACAAAUGUUUUCCAUCCAAGUGGAUGCCCACCAUGUCAUGAACGUUUCCAUCUCUCCUCACGACAAUGUCACAGUAUUGUUGAGAGAAGGUUCUCUACCCACAACAACCAAGUACGACCGAAGGGUUUCAAGCUCCUCAAGAUCCAUCUCCGUGUGGAUCACAAAUGCAACCACCUAUUACAUUGGUGUUUUUGGAACAGGAUGCCCCAAAGACAUCCAUUCAUUCACACUCACAGUUUCUAUUGAAAAUGAUGUUCUUCAAGAUUUCUUCCAACGUCUCAUGGAAGCCGUUGCACUUUCAUUAGUGGUUGGUCUGGUCUUGAUUUCCAUAACCCAAACCAACACAGUGACACCUCUUUCGACAGGAGGAGAGACUGUCAUUUCCUCUGUUGCUGGAGGAAACUCGAACAUGUAUUCCAUUGACGUGGACUCUAAUCGUCUCUUGACAGUAUCUAUUGGGACCAAUGAUAACGUAACGGUGGUUUUCAAGAAACUUUCUCAACCAACUCUCUCCAAUUACGAUUACAAAGUGACCAACUAUUCACGCACCGUUGCAGUCGGUACAGCCACCAUCUAUUAUAUUGGAGUUUUUGGAAAUGGUCCUUCCACUCAAAACAACAAAUUUACACUCAGUGUUUCAAGUGUAAGCUCUGCUGUUCUCCAAGCGUUGGCAGAUUGGGUUAUUGCAGUCAUUGUGUCCUCGGUGGUGGCAGGUCUCAUUCUCUUCAUCUGUGCCAUUGUGGCGGUGUUGGUUCCAGUGUUGGUGUGUUGUGGAGUGAUCAGUUGCACGGUUUGUUUUGGAGUCAAGGAAGCACAUAAAACCAAUCAGCACCAGCAGUUGCAAAGUUCACAAAGCUCUCCCUACAUGUAA